CGACAUGUCCCGCAACAACUUGUCCACAGGAAUUCCUGAAAAUUUGGUGGAUUGCCUGUCCCUACAGAGCGUGGAUCUAUCCGUUAACAAUCUACAAGGUGGCCUACCGAGUGGAAUGGCAAAGCUCCGGAACUUAACAUCCAUGACCGUCUUCAGGAACAACUUGACUGGGCCUUUGUUUCCACAGGUCGGCUCACUGGAGAAGCUGAAUACUUUGGACCUUUCAUGGAACAGGUUCUCAGGAGCCUUGUGGGAAGACUACUCCCCAGGUUCGUCGAUGCGGCGACUUGAUCUCUCUUACAACGAGCUCUCUGGCCAAGUUCCUCCAGGCAUUGGCAACUUGACCAAGCUCACGAGGCUUGAUCUUUCCAAUAACCAUCUCUCAGGUGUCAUUCCUUCGGAGCUUGGACGCUGCUCUUCUAUAACGCUGCUGGACUUGUCAAGCAAUGAACUGAAUGGUAACCUUCCAAAGGCGAUGGACAAUUUCACAGAGCUUCUCAUCCUCAAUGUAGGAGAUAAUGUGCUAACUGGUGAGGUGACCAUGGACUUUGGAGCCACUAAACAUCUAGUGGCCUUGCAACUUGGGCAGAACCAAUUCAGCGGCCCUCUCCCAUACAGCUUGAGCAACAUCUCCUUGCAAAUGCACCAGGUGCAAGUCUCAAGCCAAACUCGGCAGCAUGACUUCUAUCUGCAGCCACUUUGCACUGGGAUCCAAGCGCUAGACCUGCGAAUGAACAACUUCCAGGGCAUGUUUCCAGAGAUAGUUUGCAAGUGGACGUGCUUGAUGGUCUUGUCACUCGCAAACAACAAUAUCCGGGGCACCAUCCCACCAUGCAUCGCCAACCUCACCAAUCUUCAAGUGAUUGAUCUCUCCAGCAACCACCUCACUGGUGCUUUGCCCGACCAGCUCGAUCUCAUGCAAGGUUUCAAAGCCACAAAUGUGAGCGUAAAAGCAUUGGGAAUGAUCUCCAAGUCUCCCGAGUGGUACAGCUUUGGCGGGGGUGUGUUUGGCUACGGGAUCACCCUGCGAGGAGCAUAUGUCAGCAUAUCAAACCUCAUCGAUUCCUUCACGCUCAUGGACUUCUCAGACAACGAGCUCGAAGGUGAGCUGCCCCUCACACUUUCUGGGCUCGUGGGUCUCAUGCAGCUCAACAUCUCGAGCAACAGAUUCUCUGGACGCAUCCCAGUUGGACUCUCCAGGCUUAAGGUGCUGGAAUCACUUGACCUGUCGCACAACAACUUCGAGGGUGGCAUUCCCCAGGAGAUUGCGUUCAUGCCCGAGCUGUCCAGUUUCAGCGUUGCCUACAACAAUCUCAGUGGUCCUAUUCCUACUGGCAACAACCUCAACACCAGGUUUCUGGAUGCCUUCACAGGCAACACUCUCUUGUGUGGAUUCCCACUCUCGGCAUGCAAUGCUUCGACAUCUAAUUCCUCGACCGACAUCCCAGUACAUGCCACCAACACUGAUACCUUCUUCAUCUUGGGCUUUCUUUGUGGUGCUAUCCCGCCCUUUGCGGCAGCGUUCUAUGUAGUGGUGUUCACCAGCAAAAUCCAGAUGAUCAUCAACAAGUUCAACAAGUUCCAAGAAGAUGGCGAUCAUUCAAAGCUGGAUUUUACUGCACAGGCAAUCCCACAACAGUCGAGUCUUGCCACCCCCCAGCAACUUAGCUUCAGCAGCUAAUGUAAAAACGAAAAUGAAGGUACCAGCUUUUCAAAGCUGCUGUGCGAUUUCAAGAGAAACAAGAGUUGAUAAGAAUUGUGGAAGA